UUACUUGUAAACAAGGCUAGAAAGGGUGGAGAGUGGAAUGGGAUGGGGGUGGGGCAAAAAACCCUUUAGUUACAAUGUCUUAGGGAAAUGAAUCUACGAUAAGACAAAUUUCAAAUCAAGUUGCUCCACUAUACUACAUAAGCAGCUUAGAAUCUUAAGCAGAUGCAAAAAGAAUACAGCAAAUGGGAGGGGAAAAAAAAGGCCGAUAAAGUUUCUGGCUACAAUACAAGAGACAUAUCAUUACCAUAUGAUCUAAUGUGGGUGUCAGCGGGAUUGUGUUCAUUGAGGGAAACCUUAUUUUCUAACCGUGCUAUGGAGUAGAAGCAGGAGGUUUUCAAGUUAGUGACAGUCACAGAGCAGCACCUAUCCCCUCCUCCUUUCCACACCUGCAAACUCUUUGACUUGGGCUGAAUAUUUAGUGUAAUUACAUCUCAGCUUUGAGGGCUCCCGUGGCAAAUUCCUGGAUUAAAAGGUUCCCUGGUUGUGAAAAUACAUGAGAUAAAUCAUGAAGGCCACUAUCAUCCUCCUUCUGCUUGUACAAGUUUCCUGGGCCGGACCGUUUCAACAGAGAGGCUUAUUUGACUUUAUGCUAGAAGAUGAGGCUUCUGGGAUAGGCCCAGAAGACCCUUAUGACCCCGGUUUAGAGACACCCCUAGGCCCAGUGUGCCCCUUCCGCUGUCAAUGCCAUCUUCGAGUGGUCCAGUGUUCUGAUUUGGGUCUGGACAAAGUGCCAAAGGAUCUUCCCCCUGACACAACUCUGCUGGACCUGCAAAACAACAAAAUAACUGAAAUCAAAGAUGGAGACUUUAAGAACCUGAAGAACCUUCAUGCAUUGAUUCUUGUCAACAACAAAAUUAGCAAAAUCAGCCCUGGAGCAUUUACACCUUUGGUGAAGUUGGAACGACUUUAUCUGUCCAAGAAUCACCUGAAGGAAUUGCCAGAAAAAAUGCCGAAAACUCUUCAGGAGCUGCGUGCCCAUGAGAAUGAGAUCACCAAAGUGCGAAAAGCUACUUUCAAUGGACUGAACCAGAUGAUUGUCAUAGAACUGGGCACCAACCCACUGAAGAGCUCAGGAAUUGAAAAUGGGGCUUUCCAGGGAAUGAAGAAGCUCUCCUACAUCCGCAUUGCUGAUACCAAUAUCACCAGCAUUCCUCAAGGUCUUCCUCCUUCCCUUACUGAAUUACACCUUGAUGGCAACAAAAUCACCAAAGUUGAUGCAGCUGGCCUAAAAGGACUGAAUAAUUUGGCUAAGCUGGGACUGAGUUUCAACAGCAUCUCUGGUGUCGAAAACGGCUCUCUGGCCAACACACCUCAUCUGAGGGAGCUUCACUUGAACAACAACAAGCUUACCAGAGUACCUCCUGGGCUGGCAGAGCAUAAGUACAUCCAGGUUGUCUACCUUCAUAACAACAAUAUCUCUGUAGUUGGAUCAAGUGACUUCUGCCCACCUGGACACAACACCAAAAAGGCUUCUUAUUCGGGCGUGAGUCUUUUCAGCAACCCGGUCCAGUACUGGGAGAUACAGCCAUCUACCUUCAGAUGUGUCUACGUGCGCUCUGCCAUUCAGCUCGGAAACUAUAAAUAAUUCUCAAGAAAGCCCUCAGUUUUAUAACCUGGCAAAAUCUUGUUAAUGUCAUUGCUAAAAAAUAAAUAAAAGCUAGAUACUGGAAGCCUAACUGCAAUGUGGAUGUUUUACCCACAUGACUUAUUAUGCAUAAAGCCAAAUUUCCAGUUUAAGUAAUUGCCUACAAUAAAAAGAAAUUUUGCCUGCCAUUUUCAGAAUCAUCCUUUGAAGCUUUCUGUUGAUGUUAACUAAGCUACUAGAGAUAUUCUUAUUUUACUUAAUGUAAAAUUUGGAGUAAAUAUAUAUGUCAAUAUUUAGUAAAGCUUUCCUUUUUUAAUUUCCAGGAAAAAAUAAAAAGAGUAUAAGUCUUCUGUAAUUCAUUGAGCAAUUAGCUCCUUUAAGAUAAAGUCAAAUGCCAAACACUAGCUCUGUAUUAACCCCCAUUAUUACUGGUAAAGCCUCAUUUGAAUGUGUGAAUUCAAUACAGGCUAUGUAAAAUUUUUGCUACUGUCAUUAUUUUGAAAAAAUAAAUUUAAAAAUACAUUCAAAAUUA